AUGUCAGCCAAGAUGUACGAUACCUUCAAGGUUAACAGCCCAAAUGUUACCUACACUGAUGAAGCCAUCAUCUCCAACUACGAAUAUCAAACCACCACCACCACUGUUGAAGACGGUGAAUUGGUUGUCAAGCCAGUCACUGCCAAGUACACUUUCAAGACCGAAAGAAAGGUACCAAAGAUGGGUUGUAUGAUCGUUGGUUUGGGUGGUAACAAUGGUUCCACCGUCGUUGCUGGUUGCAUUGCCAACAGAGAGGGAUUAUGUUGGAAGACAAAGUCUGGUGUCCAAAAGCCAAACUAUUUCGGAUCUGUCAUUAUGGCCUCCACCAUCAAGUUGGGAUCUGAUGAGAAUGGAAGAGAUUCUUACAUUCCAUUAAAGAACAUCGUCCCAAUGGUCCAUCCAAACGACAUUGUUUUCGGUGGUUGGGAUAUCAACAGCGCCAACCUUGCUGAUGCCAUGGAACGUGCUGAAGUUUUGGAAUAUGACCUCCAACGUCAACUCGUCCCACACAUGAAGGAGAUCCGUCCACUCCCAUCCAUCUACUUCCCAGACUUCAUCGCUGCCAACCAAAAGGACCGUGCCAACAACGUCCUCACCGGCACCAAGAAGGAACAAAUGGAACAAAUCCGUCGUGACAUUCGUGAGUUCAAGACUGCCAACGCACUCGAUAAGAUCGUCGUCAUCUGGUCUGCCAACACUGAACGUUUCUCUGCCAUCAUUCCAGGUACCAACGACACCUGGGCCAACCUCGAAGCCGCCAUUGCCCGUGGUGACGAAGAGAUCUCCCCAUCCACCUUGUUUGCCGUCGCCUGUAUCCUCGAAGACACCCCAUACAUUAACGGUUCCCCACAAAACACCUUUGUCCCAGGUGUCACCGAAUUGGCCCUCCAACGUAACGUCACCAUCGGUGGUGAUGACUUUAAGACCGGUCAAACCAAGAUCAAGUCCGUCUUGACUGAUUUCCUCGUCUCUGCCGGUAUCAAGCCAGUCUCUAUCGUCUCAUACAACCAUCUCGGUAACAACGACGGUAAGAACUUGUCAGCCCCACAACAAUUCCGUUCCAAGGAGAUCACCAAGUCCAACGUCGUCGACGACAUGAUUGCCUCCAACUCGAUCCUCUACAAGGAAGGUGAACACCCAGACCACGUCAUCGUCAUCAAAUACGUACCAUACGUCGGAGAUAGCAAGCGUGCUAUGGACGAAUACACCUCACAAAUCUUCAUGGGUGGUCACAACACCCUCGUCAUUCACAACACCUGCGAAGACUCGCUCUUGGCCGCCCCAAUCAUCCUCGAUCUCGUCAUCCUCGCAGAGUUGGCUGACCGUAUCUCUCUCAAGCCACAAGAAUCCCAAGACUACGUAUCCUUCCACCCAGUCCUCUCCAUCCUCUCAUAUCUCCUCAAGGCCCCACUCGUCCCAGAAAAGGCCAACGUUGUUAACGCAUUAUUUAAACAAAGAGCCGCCAUUGAAAAUAUUUUGAAAGCUUGCGUUGGUCUCCCACCCGACAACAACAUGUUAUUGGAAAGUCAAGUCAAAUAUAGAAGAAAUAAAGAGAAAGAAAGAGAGGAGGAAGAGAACGAUUUAUUAGUACUUGGACAACAAUAUAAAGAAAGAGAUAGAGUGAAAAUGAGUGAAACAACGACCAAAGAUAAUCCUCCUCCAUUAGCAAAAGCUGUUUUUACAAAGGUUGAUCAAUUGAGACCAAUGACACAAGGUCAUAAUUUAGUAUUAAAGGUUUUAAAUACAAAGAUUGUGAUUGAAAGAGACAAAGAAAAGAAGGAAUUGAUAUCUGAAGCAGUUGUUGGUGAUGAAACAGGAACAAUCGUAUUAACAGUAAAGAAUGAACAAAAUGAGGUAGUACAACCUGGAAAUACAAUCAUAUUACGAAAUGGAAUUAUAAAAGUAUUUAAUGGAUUUAUGAGACUAUAUGUAAAUAUUUGGGGAAACAUUAAAAUGGCACCUGAACCAGCAACCUUUGAAGUAAAUUUAAUCAAAGAUCCUCGCGACAUUAAUUAUAGAAUUACAAAUCUUAUCGGUUUGGCAAAACUUAUUGUGGUUUAA